CGACGAUCAGUUGGCUCGUGAGGGUUGAAGUGUUGCUGUGGGUUUUUCAUUGGCGCUUAGUAAUCACAUAACAAAUGUGUAGGUAAACGGAAGAGCACCUGUAAAAAUUAGUGGCGGCUAAUAAAGUAAUCUAUUUUUUUAGAUAUUUGUGUAUUAAAUAUUCUAAAAUAAAAUAGUUUCAGUGAGGUGUUUUUUGUAAAAGAAAACAACAUCAAUUGUGUUAGUUUCUUGCUAUGAGUAAUUAAAUAUAAAUUUUGAAAAGUUGUUUUAAAGUGCAAGAAAACGUUUUUCGAAGGUAAAAGUGGGCGCUAAAGCAAAAACAACAAGUGUAUUAUCGAUGUGCGAGGCUGUGAUAAGAGAUAAGAUAAAAGCAAACAUUAAACAAAAAAAAAAAAAAUAGAAAAACACGCUCAUAAAACGUAAAAUAUAUGAAGAAAACAAUAAAAACAAAACAAAAAUUUAAACAUGAAGUAAUUGGAGACUGAAUUGGAGCGGUGCUUAUAAAAAUUUGUACAUACAUACAUACCUAUAUAUUUACCUGUGUUUGUUUGUACCUACAAGACGAGAUAACGGGCGUACAAUAAAUGACCAACUGUUGUUGGAAAUAUUUAGAGGAGAGAACCAUCGAAACACUUUAAGUGAUUAAACCCUUGGCAUAACGUAUAAAUGUGGAAGUAAUCUUUACACCAGCAAAGAAGAAUUCUUAAUAACAUUUUGUAACUGAAUAUUAAUUAAUAAAAACGAAAGCAACAUGACUUCUACACCCGCAGCUGAUUUGGAAGCACAGGUUAAUGUGGAUGAUCUGCCAUUAACAUUUAAGGUCAAAUACAUUGGCUCCGAGGUGGCACGUGGCUUAUGGGGUAUUAAAUUCACCCGUCGACCUGUUGAUAUCUUGGUCGGUGUAGCCAAGAAUCUACCUGCUAAGAAAGUGCUACCGCAAUGUGAUCUCACAGUGUCAACCGAUGGUGUUAAAAUCGAAAUCAUCACACCAAAAGCGAAUGUGAAUAGUUGGAAAUAUGCGAUCGAUACGAUUUCAUAUGGUGUACAAGAUUUGGUCUACACCCGUGUAUUCGCUAUGAUCGUAGUGAAAGACGAACAACAUCCGAAUCCAUUCGAAGUGCACGCUUUCGUGUGCGACAGUCGUGCUAUGGCACGCAAACUGACAUUCGCCUUAGCGGCCGCUUUUCAAGACUACUCGCGACGUGUUAAGGAGUCUGGCGAGCAAUCGCCUACCGAUAACAUUACGCCGCAUCGACAGAAAUUCGCCAUUGAUUUGCGUACACCCGAGGAGCUGCAGGAGGGUAUCAAUGAAGAGACGGAGGCUUAGGUGGUAGCGCGUAUGAUCCAAAGUAUUGACACGAUUAUAUUCAGUUGAGCAGCAAAUACGUCACACGUUUCAUUUUACAGCAUAGACUUUACUAUUGACUUAUUUAUAUAUAGUUAUAUAUUAUUUGUUAGUUUAUAAGAAAUGAGUUGCUCAAUAUUUUAAGUGAAACUAAUUGUAACUGUUUAAAUUCCAUUCUUCAACACACUCCACGAAAGUCCGCUUAAGCUCUGUGCUUCAGUCCCCCACUGAGGCUUUACCCGUGAUUAUUUUUCUGUUGUCCUCCCAAUAAUAGUUGUGUUGAGCAUAGUUCACUGCUUAGUAUUAUAAUAUUUCCCUUAAAUCUAUAAAAACAAGUCUGAUCUAAUAAAGUCUCCGAAGACUAUCUUCAGCAGUUAGCAUUUUGUCAUGAAUAACUUCCUAGAAAAGUAGUUCUCCAGUUGGAGGCCUCUGAAAUACUUGAGGCUUCGAAAAAAUAUUCAAGUAUUUCAAUUAUAGGAGAUUUACGAAGAGUCAACUCCUUAUGUUAUAUGGAACUCUCGACAUUUAUUAUUUACCACUCUCGGUGAUCCCAAGAGUAGUGUAAUAAUAUAGACGCUGCUUCAUAAAGACCAAAGUAUUUUUAAUCUGAUUGUAAGGUUUUUGUAUUUGUUAGUUUUACGUUUUAAUCGUAGAACUCAACAAAAAAGCGCAUUAAUUUUAAUAAAUUUUAGUAUAUUUAUUUGAAACGAUUUUGAAUUUAUUUUUAUAAAGAAACUUUAAUUGUACAUACAUAUUUACUUGUAUUUUUUCCUGAUACAGCUAGUUACCCAAAGUAUAAAACAAUUUCUUGAAAUGAAGUGUAUGUAAAAAUCUAAUUAUAAUUAUAAAAAAUUUUGUUAAAAAAGAAAUAAGUACAAGCUUAAGCUUUAAGUUAUUAACUACGAUAAAAUAUUGUAUUUGUUAUUAUAUUGAUUGGACUAAUUUAAUGUCAGGAGAGGCGACACUGUUUUAAAGAAAAUGUGGACUAACAAUUUAUGUUAUAUAAUGUUAUAUAAAGUAAUAAAUUUUUUUCUUUAAAAUAUUAUUUAUUAAGAUAAUGUUUGUAUUGAGUUAGAAAAAUAAUUUUAAAAUUUCAGUAAAUACCACCUUAUAGUAAGAUUUUCGACUAAAAAAUAUGUUUAUUGUUUUUGAAAAAUUAUAAUUAGUACUCCAUUAAAUCAGAAAGCGAUUUUUGAAGUGUUGUUUGGUAUUUUAAGGUUAGCUUAUAUGCUAUGCUUCCUACGCCAAAUAUAUAUAUAUUAUAUGCUAAGACGACUUUAAAUGAUUUACGUACUUAAUUUGACUUAAUUUGAUAUAAUGUAGGUAUGUAUGAAUGUAUUCUGUUCAAUAAAUGUAUUAACUUAUAAAUGUAAACUAUUUAAGAUUGUUGUAUUGCCUUUAGUAGUGCCAAAAAUGGUAGUAAUCAUUCCUAUUCGAAAGAUCGAAUAAUAUCGGCCAUCAAAAAGAUUCGUUAUCAGGAAUGUUCUCCAAAUAAAUCAAUCUCACUUAAGAUUAUUGAGAGUGUAGAUCUCUGUACUCUCGAUUAUUAACGAGUUACAAAACGGCUUUAGUCUCUGAACCCAAUUUUUAUGUUACUGAAAUACUCAAAAAUGUAAAUAGCGAUCUUAACCAAGAGUGAGAAAUUUUGUUACCCUCAGUAGAUCAAGGGUUAAAAUCACAAUCAAUGCGGAAUAAAAUUAUAUAAACAGAAAAAUUCUAAAAUUUAUUAAGAAUAUUGAACAGAAAAUUCAAAGACCCAAAACCAAUACUGUCUCCUAACAAUGAUCCUCAGAUUCUAAGAAAAAGUAAUAUUAUUUUAAGCUCUCGACCAAUUUGGUCAUAUUAUUGCUUUUUUUGGAGCAACUUUUAAAUAAGUAGACCUUGUAUUGUCGAAAUAUCUAAUAGUUAUUACAAAAUUUGGAAUUGAAACGUUAGUAUUGAAAAAGUUCUCCGACCAUAGUUAACCAAAACAUUGGGCCUAAUCAUUGAAUCAGUUUCGAUUGAAAAAUGGUUCGAUUCGAUCGAAAAAAUUUAAAUCGGAAUCAUUGAAACCGUAUCGAAGAUAAAAUUUACGAUCUCAUUAAACUCACUUAUCGACUCGAAAAAAUACAUUUCGCGGCUAAUAGAUGUCGCUAACUACGAAAUCGUUAAAUCCGCAAAAUCGAAAAUUUUGAUCGGAAUCUAUCCGUUGGUGAAUGAGUUGCGGAAAUGUAAAAGAAAUAAGCCAUUUGGAAGUUUUUAUGUAAAUAAUUACUGAUAACGGGCUAAAUUAAGUUUUAAAUGGUUAUUUUAGAGCCAAGAGGCAAAAAUCGGCUAACAAAAAUAAAUUAAAGAUGUUUAAAAGCGAUAUAAAGUUGCCACCUCGAAAUAGCGAUAGAAUUUUCUCAAACAGCCUCAGACGAAUUAAAUAUUUUUUGGAAGAAAUUUCACAAUAGUUAGAGGUUAGAUUUAAUUUAUUUUGAACAAAGCAAAAAUAUUUAUUUUAAGUACAGACAAAUUUAUCAAAUCUGUCUCACUUUGUGAAAAAACAGUUUAUCGACGAAAUCAAUGAUCGCAGGAACAUUAUCGAUCUUCGAUCAAUCUUUAUCGUAUCGAAAUCGAAUUCGCAGCGGAUUCAAUGAUUAGGCCCCAAUAUCUUUUUGUAAUCUGUAGUCUGAUUUUGUAGAAAUAGUUCUAAGUACUCUUCUCAGUUCUAUAACUAUAAAUUAUUAUACUGAAUUUCUCUAUUUUUUAUUUCAAUAUCGAUUUGUAUUUGAUUCGUCGUCUUAAGAAACUAAAAGCAUUAAAAUUGAUUUAUUUUUGUUCUAAGUUAAAGUCUUUAUUCAUAGUGAUUUCAAUUUACAAUGUGUAUGCUAUGAGUUAGGAGAGCGUUCAAGGCUUCCAAAAUCGAGAAUGUAAAAAUCGAGAUUUUAUUUACGGAUUUUUUUUUUUUUAAUUUCUAAAAUUUUCGUUCGAAUUCGCCAACUGUAUAUUGGUACAUACAUGAUAAUAUUAUUUUGCAUAAAGAAAUUUCUUAAAAGCAUUGAAAUAACAAAAUGCUAUCUAAUUAUAGACAGUUUAAUUUCAAUAUUGAUUUCGAAUACUUUAAAGGUUUCGUUUAAAUUUCUUUAGGAUGCUAUUUAUAGAGUUUCGUUGAAUUAUACUUUUCAAAAGUUUUCGUUUAUUCAUCAAAAAUGUCAUUAAAUAAUUUUUAUUAUGGAAAAUCCAUAAAUUUUUCACAUUUUUUUUUUUCAAAUAAAAAAAUUUCGUUUGUUUUUUUUCUUUUAAUUAAGAAAAACUCACAGCAGUUUUCAGCAGCUAAUAAUCAUCAACAGCAAUCGUCCAAAGGAUGAAUGCCAAUAAGUAAAGUUAAAGCACCCAUUCCUAUGCACGACUGUUGCCAACAAACAGGGUGACGAGGUUUGUGGUUCCAAAAAAUUUUGUUUGAAAAAUAUUUUUUUAAAUUUUCAUAAUUCAAUUUUUAACAAAUAAAUCGAAAUUAUAAAUCGUUGUUAAUUUUUGUAAGAAUGUACUAUUUACUUACAUGCUACGUGGUAGUUGCCAGUCAGCUAUAAAUUUUUAAAAGAAAAUUUUUAAAUUGUGUUCUUUAAGUAUACUAAUUUACCAUAAAUAAAUUAAAAAUUUUUAUAAAUAUUUUUUUUUUAUUUUUAAAUUUUAUUCAAUUGUCACUUUUGUUCAACUUAAGUAAAUUGGAGCAUCUAAAACAUUUUCUUAAUUUAUUUAUAUAUAUGGUAUGUAUGUACUAUAUAUUCAGCAAAUAUAAAAUCACACUCCUUCAUGUUCUUAAUAUCGCUUCCAUUUGUUUGCAUUGAACAAAAAUGCUUCCAACAACAAAAUAAAUUAUUUUCUUCAUUUAUAUAUGGCUUCGGCAAACGAAACUGUGUGAAUUUCACGCACUUUUCUAAAUUUUGCAUUUUUCAUUUUUUUAUAAUUUUUCAUAUAAAAAAGUAGUAGUAAGUAGACCUAGAAUCAUAAAUUAGUUUAACUUAAAUAAGAAAAGAAAGUUUGAGUAGUAUUUUUUUUUUGCUUUUUUCCUCUGCUCUUCAGCUGUAGUCCACCGUCUAAGACAGUCAGCGCAAAACCAAAAUUCGACGCCGACGCUUUCAGUCCCAAACUAUGAGUUUGUAUUUGUUGUAGUACGUACUGGUGGCGCGCAAAGCAAAGUAUAUGUAUUUAUGUAGUGAAAAAUUAGAAACCUAAGCUGUAGGAAUUUUAUGGGCGGGUUGCGUACGCAUAACGCGCACACUCACCCUGUAUGGCAUACAGGGUGUGCUCACAAUGGGCAUAAAAAAUAGGUGGUUUGCAGCAUCUAACUGGCAUCCGAUCUGAAGAGGAAGCGACGUUUACGUGGAUCUAACUUAGCUUUGUUCAAGCUACGAUAUCUCAAGGCACGAUUUGCCUUCGCACUUUCAUCAGCUUCAACAGCUGCGGUCUCAACGGGCGCAUCAGCUGCCACAACAGCAGCUUCACUCUCAGCUUCUUGCACAUUCUCAACUGGUGCUGCUACAGCUUCGGCUUCACUUUCAACUUCUUGCACAGUCUCAACUGGCGCUGGCACAGCUUCAGCCUCCUGCUCAGUCUCGGCGUUGAUUGCGGACUUGAGAGCGACAUUAGCUUCAAGUUCGUCGGCAUCGGUUUGCACAGCCUGGUCUACAGUUUGCACUAGCGGUUCGACUACGUCUUGUACGGCCUCAGCUUCAACGGGUAACUUUUUGAGCUCCGUUACGAAUGCACUGGGCUCUUCGGCAGCAAUAGCUUCUGGUGCUUGUACAGCGCUGACCUCCGGCUCGGACACUCGAUGAUAAAUGGGAAAAAUGAUAUCCUCGGCAGGUGUUUGUUUAGCUGAUACUUCUUGCGGCGCUGACCCUUUUUCCAAACUAAA